CUGCUGGGCGAGGGCGGCGCGAACGUCGUCUACCGCGGCGCGUUCCACGGCGCGGACGUCGCGAUCAAGUCGCCGCGGACCGCGGGCGAGCGCGAGCUGCGGGACCUGCGGCGCGAGGCGGAGCUCAUGGCGGGCCUGCGGCACCCGCGCGUCGCCGAGGUCUUCGGCUGGCGCGACGGCCCGGAGCACCCGGGCAUCGUCUUGGAGCUGGGGCUCGGCAGCCUCUUCGAGGCUAUUCACGACGACGCGGGCCGGCCGCGGGAGGCCUGGGCGGCCCGGGACCCGUCGGACGUGCUCGGCAUCGCCCGCGACGUCGCGUCGGCUGUUGCCUUUUUGCACGCGCGGCGCGUCGCGCAUCGGGACGUCAAGUCGGACAACGUGCUCCUCGCGCCCGGCGGCGCGGCCAAGCUCUGCGACUUCGGC